GCGUGGCUGGCUGGCUGCGGGUGUCCGUCCCGAGCCGGAACCAGGGUUCAGCUGCUCACUGGGACCAUCUGCGUUCUGGUUCUGUCCCAGGGCCGGCAGAAGGACUGGGCGAGGUCGGGGGAACCCUGGUCCUUGAGCUUCCUUUGAGGAGUGGCGGUCACCACCGGAGCCUCGAGAGGGAGCGGUGCUGCACCCUAAUAGGUCCAAAUGGCACAGUGGGAAAUGCUGCGGAAUCUCGACCACCCAUUUCAGGACCAGCUGCAUCAGCUCUAUGUGCAGAGCAUCCUGCCAGUGGAUGUUCGACAGCACUUGGCUGCCUGGAUUGAAGAACAGAACUGGAGUGAAGCUGUUUUGGACAAUGAUAAUUCCAAGGCCAACAUGCUGUACUAUCACUUCUUGCAUCAGCUCAACCAGUGUGACCACUACGGCCAGGACUCUCAUUAUUUUGUGCUACAGCACAACUUGCGGAAAUUCUAUCGGGACAUUCAGGCCUUUCCCAAGGGUCCUACCCAACUGGCUGAGAUGAUCUUUAAUCUUCUUCUGGAAGAAAAAAAAAUUUUGAAUCGGGCUCAGAGAGCUCAGGAGCAAGAGAUGCCAGCCCAUGAGCCACCUGUGGGGGAGAGUCAUCACAGUGAGAUUGAAUCCCGGAUCCUGGAUUUAGAGACCAUGAUGGAGAACCUGGUGAAAUUCAUCGAAAAACAGAAAGACCUAGAGGAUGUCUUCAGCUUCAGAUACACCAUUCUGCAUCAAAAGAAGAUGCCCUUUUCCGACACCCAUCUGAGGCAGCAGCAGCAGCUUGUGCAGGAAACUGCCAACAAACUGGACAGAAUGAGAAAAGUGAGAGGGCAGAGGGCAGCUGGGAAUUGGGGAGAUGAGGAGGUGCUGAAUACCUCCCAAGCACUGAUAGGCCGAUUAACUACCCUGAUUGACCUAUUACUGCCAAAGCUGGAUGAGUGGAAAGUGAAGCAGCAGAAAGCCUGUAUUGGAGCCCCGACGGACCUCAGUCUACAACAGUUGGAAAAAUGGUUCACGGCUGGAGCGAAACUUUUGUUUCACCUGCGGCAGCUGCUAAAACAACUAGAGGAUUUGAAACACAUGCUUGGGUAUAAGGGCGAUCCUUUAACCACAGGUGUGGAUCUCCAGAACGCCCAAGUCACAGAGUUGUUACAACGCCUGCUGCAAAGAGCCUUUGUGGUGGAAAACCAGCCCUGCAUGCCUCAAACUCCCCAUCGGCCCCUCAUCCUCAAGACUGGGAACAAGUUCACCAUCCGAGCAAGGCUGCUGGUGAGACUCCAGGAAGGCACCAAGUCCUUGAUGGCAAAGGUUUCUAUUGACAAGAAUCCUCCUCAGUUAUCAGGGAAUAGCUGCUUCCGGAAGUUUAACAUUCUGACCUCAAACCAGAAAACCUUGACCCCUGAGAAUGGCCAGAAACAUGGCUUGAUUUGGGACUUUGGCUUUUUGACAUUGACAGAGCAACGUUCAAAUGGUCUGGGAAAAGGCAACAAUAAGGGGCCGCUGGCGGUGACCGAGGAGCUGCACAUCCUCACCAUCACAGUCGAGUAUUUCUACCAGGGUCUCAAGAUGGAGCUCCAGGCGGACACUCUCCCUGUGGUGAUUAUUUCUAACAUGAGCCAACUCUCUGUUGCCUGGGCCUCCAUUCUCUGGUUCAAUAUGCUCAGCUCAACUCCGCAGAACCAGAGGUUCUUCUGCGCGCCGCCUCAGGCCCCCUGGAGCUUGCUGGGGCCUGCUCUCAGCUGGCAGUUCUCCUCCUAUGUUGACCGAGGCCUCAGUCCUGAGCAGCUGGCCAUGCUGAAGAACAAGCUGUUCGGAAAGGAAUCCAGGCUGGAGGAUCCCUCAUUGUCCUGGGCAGACUUUAGUAAGCGAGAGAGCCCCCCUGGAAAGAUACCCUUCUGGACAUGGCUGGACAAAAUUCUGGAGUUGAUACACGACCACUUGAAGGACCUCUGGAAGGAUAAUUGCAUUAUGGGCUUUGUAAGCCGGACCCAGGAGCGCCGGCUGCUGAAGAAGACCAUCUCUGGCACCUUCCUGCUGCGCUUCAGUGAAUCUUCUGAAGGGGGCAUUACCUGCUCUUGGGUGGAACAUCAGGAGGAUGACAAGGUGCUCAUCUACUCUGUGCAGCCUUACACCAAGGAGGUCCUGCAGUCACUCCCGCUGACCGAAAUCAUCCACCACUACCAGCUCCUCACCGAGGAGAACAUCCCUGAGAACCCGCUGCGCUUCCUGUAUCCCGGAAUCCCUCGGGAUGAGGCUUUUGGGCGCUACUACCAGGAAAAAGUUAAUCCCACAGAACAGAGAAAGUAUCUGAAACAUAAACUCAUUGUGGUCUCUAACAGACAGGUGGAUGAGCUACACCAGCCCCCGGAGCUUAAACUAGAGCCAGAACUGGAGUCGGUAGAUCUGGAGCCCCAGCUGGUGUCCGAUGCAGAGUUAGCACCGUGCCUGGAUUUAGAGCUACUGGAUCUGGGAGACAGCCUAAAGCUAGAGCCUAGUCAAGAUCGCCCAUUAUGCAUGGGAUCUCAAGAAAUGCUGGAGCCAAACCUGAAAUCGGUAUGGUCACUGAUGUCAGAGCCAGAUCUGCCCCAGGAUCUGCAGCAGUUGAACACUAAGGAUAUGGAAAUCUUCAGAAACAACAUAAAGAUUGAUGACAUCAUGCCACACGGUGACCCGCUGUUAGCUGGCCAGAGCGUCAUGGAUGAGGUGUACGUCUCCUGCCCUAGCCAUUUUGACACAGAUGGACCUUUGAUUCCUUCUGAUGACUAAGAACUACAUUUCCUCUAUUGUUUCCAUAUAUUUUAGCCAUUCCACCUCCCACAUCAUAACAUUCCUUUCCAGGGAUGGGGAAUCCUACAUUCUAAGCUGGACUGAUCAUGAGGUUUGGAGUGAGAGGUAAAAGCACCAAAUGGUAUUGGAGGGGCGUCGGAGAACCAGAAUGGAUGCUGGUUAUAAUCUCAGUAGGGUUAUAGAGGCUGCCUGCUGUGCCAGAAGACAGAGUCCUGAGGACAGGUCAGGACAGUUGGCAGGUAUUUCAAGAGUCCAAGGCAGUGGCAUCUUUCCACUAUGGAAGGAUUUCAACAUUUGGGUAGCUGUUAAGGUUAAACUGGUACAAACUAGCACUGGAGCAUUGAACCUUACUGGGGAGCACAGAUACAAGAAAGACAGUGAUACCUUUCUCCCUUCUGCCCCCAGCUCUUGUUGUCCUAAUUAUGAUCAACCCCAGGGCCUCAACCAUGGUAGGCAAGCAAUCUACCACUGAGCCACAGUCCAGGCCCUUCAACUCUGUCUUCUGAUUUCUUCAUGUCUAGGAGAACCCUUUCCUUUCCUCUUCCCUUCACUUUACUCUGGUUUUCAAUUUCUUCCUUUCCUGAAGAGGCUGAGAGCGCUCUGCUUCAGCCCGUCAUGUAAAACUCUACCCUGAGAAAGGACAUGAGGAGUGGAACGCUUAGCAGUCUCCUGUCCUGCUCUGCCCCAUAGGCUGCUUACAUACGUUGCACUGUCAAACAAUAAUCCUUCCAUACUUAAUGUGACUGUGAAGCCAGGCACACGCCUUUAAUCCCAGCACUCAGGAGGCAGAGGUAGAAGGAUCAACAUGAGUCCAAGGCUACCCUGAGACUACAUAGUGAAUUCCAGGUCAGCCUGAGCUUGAGUGAGACCCUACUUCAAAAAACCCAAAGGGAAAAAAAUAAAAGCUAAUGUGACUGUGAAGCUUUGCAGGCUGCAUUUCGGUUGCCUCAGUGUUAGAGUCACAUCAUUCCUGGAGCUUCAGAUGAUAGGGUUUCUGAGACUUUUGGAAUUGCUUUUUAUAGUACUCAAUAGAAUUUAGUAUUUCUGUAGAAGAGAAACAUCUUAACUAUUUUGCUAUUAAGAUACCUUUUCCUUCUUUUGUACAAGAUAUUGACCUGAAAGGAAAGUCUAUUUCUUGGUGUGACCUGACAAACACCAAGUUCCUGAAACUUAGAACUUUGAAGGUUUUAUCAUAGCCCUCUGGAUGGCCUCACAACUCAGCCAUUUCCAGGGAACCCCAGGAGAAGCUCCACGGCGCUUAAAUGUGCUUCUGGUAUAACUUAAGUUGCAAACUAAUGUUAGGAACUGCACUUAGGGCUGUUUCCAGAACAGUUCCGUCCAGAGAGGACUUAAUGGUAGUCAGAGGAAGCGGUGGCAGCCAUCAGUGUGGUGCCAUGAAGCAGCCUAAGGAGAUGGAUGAGGAAGAUAAGCCUUUUGAUAGAAACACAAAGAGGAACAGAAGAAACUUGGACCUAAAAAAAAGGUCAUGAAGAAAGACCCCUGACAUCAGGUAGAAUGAAGAAAUCUGGUGAAAAAUUAAGCUGUUCCUUAUGCCUGAGAUGAUGGUGACCCUUUAUUCCAUCCAUAUGUAAACAUCUGGACUCCCUAACAUAACAUCCUUUGUUACCUGUAGUUAGAAUUCAGUGUUGUCUCGGAGUCUGUUGCACAUUGUAAUAAACUUUUGUAAGAACCGUG